CCAGAGGCUCAGCGUGCUCGAAUGUUUCUCUGUCUCCAAAAAGGGAGCUUGAAAUUUUGUUAUUCAAACUUCAAUUUUUUAUUUAAAGGGAAAGAGCAGGGUUUGGUACGAUGAGUCGUUUGAAUCCUCUUAAACCUGAAACAUGUCGAAGAACAGUGAGCCUUGAAACAGUUCAACCGCACCAUGUUAAUCAUGAACACAAACUUCGCGGAAAAAGGGAGAUUUACAAACUGCGCAACGAUGCAUACGCGAAGCCGAUGUACGGAAAUUCGGCGGAGAAAGAAAGAGUCAAGUAAGUCGUUAUUAAAAUCAAGUUAACUUUUUAAAGGUUGUAAAAAUGUUGUUAACCACUCCUGUUGAAGUGGCAGCGAAUCAAACAGUAAAUUUUAAUGAACCUCCGUCACCUGUAAAGAACAGUUGUCUGGUUUAAUGUUGGUAACAACUUCCUGUGCAAAGAUCCUGGUGUUGGGGGUUCUCCCUAUUAUCUAAUGCUACUGUUAUACAUAGAUUUUAAUAAAAUAACAGCAGAGCGGAAAUUUUUGAGGAUUUCUUUUAGUUUUACUGCGCUGAUCGUGUCUGUUGUAUUUCAAGGGGGAUUGGAACAAUCUAUUGCGCAGAUCAAAACCCUUCAAUGAUCGACGAUUCUGAAAGGAACAACAAAUGGAUUGUUCCACGGUCGUAGUGAAAAGAGUAUGAUUAUGCCUCAAUAUUGCGCUCCCGAUUAAUUACAAGUCUAACAAUUUUGAACGCGAGUGAGCCCGACAGCGCCUGCGAGUAUAUCACCGCGGUGGCUUUUGAACCUCAAUCAUGCCUUUCUUUAUCGCGAGUUAUUAAAAUUUAAUGACUUAUUCUUCAUUCAUUCAUUCAUUCAUUCAUUCAUAACUUCUUCUAAACAUAAUAUUUCUAGGCAAGAGAGUCGUAGAGCACUGUUGCAACAAAUGAAAGAAAAAGAUGAGGCCCACCAAACACACCUGACUGAAAGGAUAAAGGAAAGUGACUUUGCUAUAAACUAUGACAGGAUCUGCUUACAGCAGGACAAGGAAGAACGAAUCAGUAAAGAGAAAUAUCUGCAACAGUUUCGGAAUGAAAACAAGCGGGUAAGCAUAUUUAAUUUUCCCCUUGAUAGUUUUUUUGUAGUUGGCCAACCUGCGUAACUGCCUCAACUUCAUUCCCAGAUCAGAGCAAAGGCCUGGAGUCUAGCGCAACAAUCUUUAGGCACCUGUCUCCCUUAAAGAGCAAAGUGAUUACAUUUUAACCCUUUACACCCUAACAUCAGUAUGCAUAUUCUUCAUACUGUUCUUUAUACAUUUCCUAAGGUGCUGACAGGGAGAAUUUGUUUAACAAUCAAUCACUUCUUUUAGUUGGUGAUGAUUUUUUUGAUUCUCUUGACCUUACUGUGUGAUUCAGGGGUGAUAUUGAAAGGAGAAAUUAGAUGCUAGUUGCCCUUAGGGGUUAAAGUGUUACCAGGGUAAUUUAGUAUUAUCAACUGAAUUCAUAACAUAAAUUGGCCAUCAUAAAGAGUUUCAAAGCUGAUGUUUCAAGUGUUAGCCCUUCACUAUUCACUCUGACAAAUGGCUAACACUUGAAACCUUAUUCUGUCCCACCGAAGCAGCACCAAAAUUUCUUUAGAAACUCAAUUAUGUUUUGAUCCCUUUAAAAGUUAUGUUGCUCUUUUUGCUUCAGUUGAUGGAACUGCGUGCAGAACAACAAAAGAGAAACACAGAGAAGAGACAUUUGGAGGAAAGGGACCUUCUACAACAGAGCCCAAUCAACUGGAGUCACACUCUACACUAAAAGACAUUCAUAAUUAAUAUAAAUGGCACCAAUUUGAACAAGGAAAAUUUGCUUUUUAUAGUUUAUUGAUUUUAUUUGUGGUGUGUUCAUAGCCAAAAUGACAGCUUGUUAAAUGGAAAUCACAGGACUGGUGUACUUCAAAUAAAGCUACAUCUGUCCACAACAAAAGAGAAUUCAACCAAGACUAAGCUUUUCAAAUGGAGGUUUCUUAGAGUGUUUCUUAACACACAUAUGUUAAGAAUAUUAAUGAAUGAUGAAUUUAAAUGUAAUAACUUAAUUUUUGAGUUCCAAUAAUAACUAAAUUUAUUUUUUGAGGCACCAUAUAAAAAUGUUACAAUUCAACUUUCAAAUAAUUUCAAGUGCUUUGAGGCAUUCUAACAUGAAAAGUUUUGGAAAAUAAUUUCUUUGAGUAUGAGAGCCUAUGUCAAAUACAUUUAAUUUGUAAUCUCCCUUCUGGGACACUUAUUCAAGGGACACAAAUUGUGACCCAGUCUGGAAAUAAUGUUCCUACAACUGUCCUCUGAAUUUCUGACUUCUGAAUUUAGGAGACAUCUCUCCUUCAACAAGACAUCUCUGUGGAGGAGAGACUUUACCAAGCUGUAAGCAUGUUUGUGGGAUGUAGGUUCUGUUGUAAGAUUGUUAUAGCACAUGUGAAAUAAGUCUCAGUGAUAGCAAUAAAAGAUGU